GGACCUACCCCUAACCAGCGCCGACCUUCUAAGAUCUAGGGAAUUGGGACCAGCCGAAAUCUUGCAUUUUCUCGGCCGACGAGAAUGACAGAAGUCAGCCCAAUGACAAAGCGUCGGGCGAGCGAGUUUUUAUGCGCAUCCAGAAGAAUGCGCGCGACACGUGCUUCACUUUUGGAAAAUCCUUCUCGUCGCACCCUUCGUCGCAUCCACCGCUUCCUCUCUUGCCCGUUUUCAACCCCUCAUUCCCAUAUCUAAUCCCCCAUCCAUCCACCCGCCCUCGCCAUGCCAUCCCCCGCUCGUCUCUACAUUGGCCGCCUGAGCCCCGAUGUGCGCCAGGCCGACCUCGAGGAGCUGUUCAAGGGCUACGGAAAGAUUGUCGACCUGCGCCUGAUGGGUGCCUUUGGAUUCUGCGAGUGGGAGAAGCCCGAGGACGCUGAGGAUGUCAUCAAGGACUUCAACGGAAAGACAUUCAUGGGCGAGCGCCUCAUCAUCGAGCCUGCCAAGGAGGCCAGGCCCAAGGGCCCCCCCGCCGCGGUGGCGGCUACGGAGGCGGCUAUGGCGGCGUACCGCCUCAUUGUCUCGAACCUGCCCGCCAACACGUCGUGGCAGGACCUCAAGGACAUCGGCCGCGAGGCUGGCCACGUCUCGUACGCCGACAUCGACCCGUCGCGUCCCGACGAGGGCGUGCUCGAGUACGACAACCGCGAGGACUACGAGCGUGCGCUGGACAAGGUCGAGGGCAUGGAGCUGAGGGGCAGCAACAGCAGCCGGCCCCCCAAGGAAGCCUCGCCUGCGCCGCGCGACCGCAGCCCUGCGCCCCGCCGCUCGGCCCGCGAGGACAGCCGCGAGCCACCGGCGCGUGGCAGCCGCUACGAGAGCCGCAGCCCCCCGCCGCGCCGUGAGCGCGACUACGAGUGAUGGAUGGCUGGCUGCGACCUGGUAAGGUGGCUCCUCCCCCUUCUUUUCCCUUCCUGACCCACUUUCAGCCGU